AUGUAUGUUAUUGCUACUCGACUGUAUUACUGGCCAUGCUUGCAUCAAUGGUUAGAAAUUCGAACAAGUCGUGCAGUAUGCCCUGUAUGCAAAGCUGCUAUAAAUAAAGAUAAAGUAAUACCAAUUUACGGACGAGGAAAUUCCAAACAAGAAGAUCCUAGAAAUAAAGUGCCACCUAGGCCGGCUGGUCAAAGAACAGAAUCCGAUGCUAAUAAUAGUUUACCCACUUUUAGCUUUGGAGAAGGUAAUUUUCAUUUGUCAUUUGGAAUAGGAGCAUUUCCUUUUGGAUUUUUAACAUCGUUUAAUUUCACUGAUCGUCUACAUGGAAUUCCAGUUGGUAAUCAACUACAACAAGAUGAUCAAUACUUAUCAAAACUUUUCUUAUGGAUUGCAGUAAUAUUUAUUAUUUGGCUAUUGUUAGCAUGAUUUACUCAUAGAGUAUGUUCUUUUUAUUUUAAAUAUUAUUCUAUCAUUCAAUGAACUACCGUGGUAAGCACUUAAUGAGAGUUUCUUUUUAUAUAUUAUUUUAAUUCACUAAUUGUCCUAAUCUAUUGGCUWUAUAAGUUCCAAAUUUACUUCAAUUUGUACUAUUUGAUACUUAGUCUGACAUUUUAACUGUUAUUGUUAGUCAUAUUAUUUUUUAUGAUAUGAUUACUUAAGUAUUAAACUUUAUAACAGUUUGACGAAUAUUUUAGCCAUGAUUUUGUCAAGAAUAUUCACAAUACCAGCAAUAAUUUGAAUAGUUCUCUCUUUUGAUUUAAAAUCUAUACUAAAUCUGGAGUUAU